UCCUUGGGAGGGACGGAAGCUCAGGACAAGCUGGAAAGGGGAACGUUCUGGGCGUCGGGGAAGCGGACCAGGGUCGUGGAAGACAGCUUGCGCAGCUGCCGUCUGGCACCCCUGGCCCGGACCAGCACCCCUGCUGCAGCCCCCUAACCCCAGGAGGCGCCCUGGCCCGCGCUCGCCCCCCAGGGCCUCAUGUCGGAACCACAGCCUGACCUGGAGCCGCCCCAACAUGGGCUGUACAUGCUCUUCCUGCUUGUGCUGGUCUUCUUCCUCAUGGGCCUGGUAGGCUUCAUGAUCUGCCACGUGCUCAAGAAGAAAGGCUACCGCUGCCGCACCUCGAGGGGCUCGGAGCCUGACGACACCCAGCUCCAGCCCCCUGAGGACGAUGACAUGAAUGAGGACACAGUAGAGAGGAUUGUUCGAUGCAUCAUCCAAAAUGAAGCCAAUGCUGAGGCCUUGAAGGAGAUGCUGGGGGACAGUGAAGGAGAAGGGACAAUGCAGCUGUCCAGUGUGGAUGCCACCUCCAGCUUGCAGGACGGAGCCCCCUCCCAUCAUCACACAGUGCACCUGGGCUCCGCAGCCCCCUGCAUCCACUGCAGCCGCAACAAGAGACCCCCACUUGUCCGUCAGGGACGCUCCAAGGAAGGAAAGAGUCGCCCCCGGCCUGGGGAGACCACUGUGUUCUCUGUGGGCAGGUUCCGGGUGACACACAUUGAGAAGCGCUAUGGGCUGCAUGAGCAUCGUGAUGGCUCCCCCACGGACAGGAGCUGGGGAUCUGGUGGGGGGCUGGACCCAGGGGGUGGCCAGGGGUCUGGGGGAGGGCAGCCCAGGACAGGGAUGCCUGCCACUGAGAGCCUUCCCCCUGAGAGGCCGCAGCCCCUGGCCCUUGCCAGCCCCCCAGUGCGGAAUGGAGGACUCAGGGACAGCAGCCUAGUCCGUCGUGCACUUGAGAGGAGCCCUGGAGCCUCUGCAGAGUCGAUGCUGGGGGCUGGAGGAAGGGGCCCAAGCCCAGGGCUGGCCAGUCAAGAGGCAAAUGGACAGCCAAGCAAACCGGACACCUCAGAUCACCAGGUGUCCCCACCACAGGGGGCAGGGGGUGUGUGAGGCCGCCUGACCUGCUUUCCCCAUCACCUCACUCCAUAUGCUAGAGCGUGCGGCUGGGAGCAGGCCCCUGCCCUUGGUGGGCCCUUAAAGCAAUAGCACCUUAGACCCCCUGCCCUCUUGGCACAAGAGGCCCAGGCCCUGGCUUGGGCUUUGUGCCCUUUAUUCACUGUCAAUAAAUCCGCUCAGACGAUUACAGCUGCUUCGCAUACUGGCUCCAGCUCCUUCUGACAGGCCUGCCCCCAUCCCCAGUGGCUCUGGCAUCUGGAGUGGGGUGAUUCACAGAACCAGGGUGGAGACACAAAUAAGCCAGAGCCACUCGAGACUUUGGGGGAUGAAUUCCAGUCCCAGAGAUUUCAGGGUACUUCACCACCCUAGAGAUGGGGUGGUAGCAGAAGACAAAGGAGUAGUUUCAGCCCUUAGAGAUGGCUGGAGGAUGAUGGCAAAAAAGGAGUGGGUUCCAGCCCCAGAAAUGGGGAGAGAAGAAAUUUCUACCCGUGAAGGUGAGAACGGAAAUCAGGGAGAUUCCAGCUUUUGGCUGUGUCGCUCUGGAUCACCGUGGGGAGGGGUGGUCUCUGAUAGCACGGAGAUAGGGGCAGCAGCAUCACUGGGGGAAAGUGAUUCCCCCGGGCUUCAGGUGAGAGGAUCUGGGUGGCCAGGAUCCGGGGCUUUAGCUGGCGGGGGAGGCGGUGGACGCAUCUGUAGGGAACACACAGUCAGUGCACCAGAUGCCUCCCUUGGGGAUAUCCCUGUCCAUUCCCUCUGUCCUGCAGAUAAAACAGGACAAGUUGGAGUGACCCCUCUCCAAACACUCUCCUCCAAGGGCGGGGCCCUUACCGGCCUGAGUCGAGGUGCCAUCACAUCCAGGGGUCCAGGGCAGUCCAGGUCUUGGUCUGGAAGUAAGAACCACAAGUCAGUCUUACGACUUUGUUUUGUUCGCUUCUGUAUCUCCAGCACUUAGGACAGUGGCACUCUGUAAAUAUUUGUUGAAUUAACAAAUAGUCACUAACCUGGGUCAUAAUAUCCAUCAAUCCAUCCAACCUCAACGCUUAUUGAGCACCUGCUGUAUAAUCGGGCCUGCUAAAGGUACCCGGGGGCAGGAGGGAUCCACACCGCCCCCACCCCUAAUGGCUGCCAGGAACCACAUAAUGAAACACUAACAGACACAAUGAAUGACUGAGUACUAAAUCAUUCAAAGUGAACGACGGGUGCUGGAGAAGCGGGGUGCAGAAAACGCUCACGGGGUUCCAGGGUCACGGUGGGUGGGGGGUGCAGUGAAGAAAGUGAAAGAACCUUUUAGAAAAGAUGGUUUUAGGAAAGAUGAAUGAGGUAACAACAAAAACAAGGAAAAAAAAAGAAAAGAUGGAUGAGGAAAAUGAUGAUGCAAACCAGGUGUUUGCAGGAUUCAAGAACACUAAGGGCAGAGGACGUGUAUUGGGAAAACACUGUGGGAGAAACUGGCUAAUUUUUU